AUGUACCUUGGAUCUGAGGCUCCAAAUUCCACAGUGAAGUCAUCGAGAAUGUUCAAGGUGCUGAAGGAGAUUUGUGAUGACAAGGAGCGAGUGAAGGAGCAUGACAUGGAGGUGCAUGUGUCUGGCCGUGUCCGAAGCCAGGGCUCAGCGGAGGCUUUGCAGGAGAAUCUGGGCAACUUCGUAGAGGAUUUGUCUGCUACCGCCAGCCAGCUGGGAAACGAUAUGAAGCUGAAAAUGCCGAAGAAGAAAAAGGUUCUCUCAGAAGAAGAUCUUGUUAACAAACAAGUCGUGGCACUCUUCAAACGGUUGCUUGCAGACGAUUCCAAGAUUGCAGCCCAGCUGCUGGAUCUGCAGAAGGUCGAUUAUUCCUCUGAGCUCGCCGAGACCUUGCGCAAGCACAAAGUGAAUCUCAAGACCAUCGUGGCCAAUUUCGAUGCAACCACCAAAGCUGUUGAGGAUGUAGCAAGCAAGAAAAAAGCGAUGGAGGAUGUGUCGGAAGGCACAAAAGUCAUCUAUCGAGAUGUCAAGGAAGCAGCACGACGCAUCAAGGCAGCAGGUCUGAAACCAACGAAGGGUCUGGAAUCACAGACAGAGGCGGAAACCCGCACAGGCUGGAUCAGAGCUGAGAGGGAGGGAGAGGAGAGAGGGACCCUAAACACUAAACCCUUAACCCAAAGCCCAUUAAUAUAUAAGCCUAAAGCCUAUAUUAUAUAG